AUGGAUUCGAUAAUCAAAUUGAGCACUUUAAGUGAGAUCAAGCCUUACAAAUCUGGCUGGAGAGUUGCUGUUAAAGUGAUUCAUAAAUGGGUUUCAUUCAGUCAUCAGUUUGGUGCAUGUCUUGAAAUGGUGUUAGCCGAUAAAAACACAUCAAUUACGGACUGUAACUUGACAUGCGACGACAACAUGUUCCUUGAUCUCCAUGAUUUUUCCACCAUUAUAGAUGAUGUCAUUGGAGUGAUCUUAGACUUUGGAUCUAACGAUAUUGUUCAAGGGGCAAGGAAAGAAGUAAUCAAAGUGGAGUUUACUUUGAGAGAUAUCAAGUUUGGUCAAGAUGUAAUCGUCCUUGAUAAGAACAACAAUAUCAGUGACAAGUUACAGAUCAAUGAAAAGCCCCUGAAAUGGUCUCAAUUUCCUUUCUUAACCAUUCAAGAGAUGAAACGAUCUGAUAAGGAUGGAAAUUGCAGACUAAUUUGUUCAGUUUAUGCCAUUGAUACAUCGGAUGGAUGGUGGUAUUGUGCUUGUGUUGUCUGCGAGAGUAAGGUUGUCAAACCACGUAUUGUAUUUGGUGAAUCGGAUGUGCCAAAUUGGUGGUGUGAAAUUUGUCAGCAUAAUGUUACCAAGGUUUCACCAAGGUACAAAUUUGAUUUGCUUGUGCAAGAUCAAACCGGUGAAACAAAAUUUACUCUACCUGACUCUGUUGCAACAUAUAUUGUGAAAAAAUCUGCAUCAAAAGUUGUGAAUGUUUUGAUUGACCAGGUUGAAGAUCAAGAUAUGUUGCCAUCUGAGAUUGUCGAGAUUGUUGGGAAAUCUUAUGGAUUUGGAAUUUCAGUAGACAAAAACAACAACUCUAAUGUAUUGGCCACAUUCAAUGCAAUGAAAGUUUGGAGUCUCAAUGAUGCUAUAUGGAAAAGAACCAAGUCUCUACACCAGAACUCAGUUUAUUCCAGGAAGAAGCAAUGCACAGAUUUGAAUAGGAUUGAUAAAAGUGGCUGA